GUGGGAGGGAGCCGGAGGUGGGUAGCCGAGACUCGAGAGUCUGAGUAGGAGCUGCAGACAGCCUGAACUGAACCGACUGACACAGGUCCCGAUCUUUGGGUACUCCGGGAGCUGCUCUCCAGACCCUGCUUCUGAACCUAUGGAUUCUCCAUCUAGCGUUUCUUCCUAUUCUUCCUACUCUCUUUCGUCCUCUUUUUCCACCUCCCCAGUGAACAGUGACUUUGGCUCCCCCUCCGAUAGUGAGGGGGAGGACAAGUGGGCUCAUGGCUCCAAGCCAGACACUGUUGGGCAGAAGGAAGGUUCUCGGCCCAGCCCUGGUCCUAUCCGCUGCAGGCAACGACCCAAGGUUUCCAGUAACCAACAUAUAGCAUCUCACUCGGAACAGCGGGGCUUGGCUUCUUCUAUGUCAGGAUCUGGGGUCAAAAGAUCAAGAGAUGGUGAAUUGGAGACCUGUAUAAACAUCCAGGGUUGUACCACAGAAGGAGACCUGCUCUUUGCUCAGAAGUGUAAAGAGCUCCAAGGAUUCAUACCCCCUCUCACAGACCUACUGAAGGGGCUGAAGAUGGGUCGAUUUGAGAGAGGAUUGAGCACUUUCCAGCAGAGCGUGGCAAUGGACAGGAUCCAGCGUAUCUUAGGAGUUUUGAAGAAGCCACAGAUGGGAGAGCGUUAUCUAGGAACUCUGUUACAGGUGGAAGGAAUGUUAAAGACUUGGUUUCCUCAUAUAGCUGCCCAGAAGUCAUCAUUGGGUAGUAGCAGACACCAGCUGACCAAGUAUUUUCCAAGCCACCACAGUUAUCCAGCUGCUUCCUCUCCUGCACCUUCCAUGGAAAAGAUGGACCAGUCACAGCUAGGACAGCUAGUAUUAAAACCAAAGCAGCCUUGGCACCUCACCAAAUGGCCAGCUAUGAACCUCACUUGGAUCCACACUACUCCAAUUUGCAAUCCCCCUCUCAGUUCCCCAGGUACCAUCUCCUUUAGCCAUGGUCCUUUAGGCACUGGAACCAGCAUUGGUGUCAUUCUUUUCCUCCAGCAUGGAGUACAGCCCUUGACUUACUCAGCCCCAGUCACUCCAGUUCCAUCUACAGCAGCAUCUCCUGUCAUCCCUGGUAAUCAUCAGAAACUAUCUGUAGAGGGGUCUCAUUAUCACAAUUUGCUAGUAACUCUGCCAUCAAACUGUAGCUGUGCCCCUUCCCCUCCUGGUCUACCCACCUUGACCAGAGAGAUGACCACAGGACACCUGGAACAGAUGAGAAGCCAUCCUCCAGUUGCUCCUGCUGUCCAUCCUCUAGACCCCUAAUCCAGGACCUAAGACUGUAGUUUCUAAUUUGUGUAAAUAUAUGUCUCUCUCUUUUUUUUUUUUUUACUUUUAAUGUGUGCAUUUGUGUUGAAGAAAGAUAAAUCCUUUAUGAUUAAAUAAAUUUUAUAUCUAAAGAGUUUA